AUCAAACAAGCCCCUAAUAUUGUUGGCAAAUUGCAGUUAGAUGAUUGGGUGCUCUGUCGGGUUCAACAGAAACGCAGCAACUCAAAGGGCACUUCUAGUGUCAUGCAUGGUUUCAGUGAUGAAAUGCCAUGUGCUUACAAUCAAAAUACAUACUACACAAAUGUUCCAACUGCUAACCUUGAAAUGGUCCAAGAUUUUCUUUCCAGGGAUUGUCUUGUAUUGCCUCUUAUCCUUAGCACCCAUACAAGUCCUCCAACCGUUGAAAUUUCUAAGACAAUCUUUGAAGAUUGCAGAAUUUCUACUUCAUCAACACCCAAGGAAGAUUGUAUAAGAGAAUAUUCACAGUAUCAGUUACCACCUCUCAAUGGUUAUUUCAACAUGAAGAAAAGAAAGAAUUAUGAAGACCAUCAACUUGACAGGGCCACAGAAAUUAAAAGGCAUUUCAGCACUGGAAAUGAAAAGAAGGAAGUUGUACCAUCUAUUAGCAGCACAAAUAAUGUUCAAGAAAGCAUACAUCAAUUUGAUGAUAGCAAUGCCACAGUCUAUCAAUUUCAGUUAAUGACAAAAUAUCAAGAUCUCAGUCACUUCCCUGUCUGA